UGUCAGCGCUCCGCUGCGGUCAGAUCAGCCGACGCUCGAUCACAUCCCAAGUUUGGACCUUAGACACACAUCAUAAACUGGCAGAACCUUCGAACCGAGUCACGUGAACGAACCGGGUCCGGUCGGAGCUGCUGAACAGCCGCUGAACGAGACUUAAACGUGCAGUUUGGACGCUUUUUUUUCCUGCGUUAGGAAGCGCAAAAAAAGAAAAAAACAGAUGCUGCCAGAGAGGUAACGCAGCAUGUCAGCUGACAACAGCCCACCGCCGCCGACCUUGCCGCAGCCCCUCCAGACAAUCCCGCCCACUCCGGCUCCAUCACCGAACCCUCCGGCUACGAUCUGCAGGCGACUAUCCAGCAGCAGCCAGACCGUUUCGAUUCGGACCAACUCACAAGGCUCCGCCCACGGCAUCUCCUUCCUGCUGCAGAUCGGACUCACCAGGGAGGCGGUGACCCUUGACCCUGGCGAGCUAUCACUGUCUAUCAUCAAAGAGCUCGUCUGUUCUGUUGUGGAUCAGAAGUUUCCAGAGUGUGGAUUUUUUGGAAUGUUUGACAAGAUCCUGCUGUUCCGCCAUGACCUGACCUCUGACAACGUGCUGCAGCGUGUGACGGCGGCCGAGGAGAUCCGCGAGGGCGACCUGGUGGAGGUGGUGCUGUCUGCUCUGGCCACAGCCGAGGACGUCCAGAUCCGGCCUCACGCGCUGUACGUGCAUUCCUACAAGGCGCCGGCUUUCUGCGAUGACUGCGGCGAGAUGCUGUGGGGGCUCGUUCGCCAGGGCCUGAAAUGUGAAGGAUGUGGGCUGAACUACCACAAACGCUGCGCGUUCAAGAUCCCCAACAACUGCAGCGGAGCGAGGAAAAGGCGUCUGUCCUCUGUCUCCCUGCAGGGCGGCGCUAUGGCCAUCACACGUCCGCCUGCGGCCGACUUCACCGCCACGCCUCCAGAGGAGCACCCCCUCCUGGGCACAGGGAAGCACAACUUGCUGCUGAGCGGUCGUCCCAUCUGGAUGGAGAAGAUGGUCCUGAGUCGGGUCAAAGUCCCUCACACCUUCUCUGUCCACACCUACACUCGUCCCACCAUCUGCCAGUUCUGCAAACGGCUGCUGAAGGGCCUCUUCCGCCAGGGCGUGCAGUGCAAAGACUGUAAAUUUAACUGCCAUAAGAGAUGCGCAGCCAAAGUGCCCCGAGACUGUCUGGGCGAGGUCGACUUCAACGGAGAGUCUGCCAGUCCCAGUCUGGAUUCUGAGGGGACCAUGGAGGUGGACAGCUGUGAAGGAAACAGCGAUGGUGGACAGAGCACAGACGAGCAGGAUGAGCCGUCCAACCCAGACCACAAACUCUUCUUCACGGAGGGUCCAGGUACCGACGGCGAGAAGGACGAGGAGCCGAUCACAGCCAUCAGUCCGUCCACCAGCAACAACAUCCCCCUGAUGCGAGUGGUUCAGUCCAUCAAACACACCAAGAGGAGAAGCUCAGCGGUGGUCAAAGAGGGCUGGAUGGUCCACUACACCAGCCGGGACAACCUGAGGAAGAGACAUUACUGGAGGCUGGACAGUAAGAGCCUGACUCUGUUUCAGAAUGAAAGUGGAGCCAAGUAUUACAAGGAGGUCCCGCUGUCAGAGAUCCUGCAGGUGGAGCCGGCUCAGGACUUUGGCAACCUGGCCCAGGGCAGCACCCCGCACUGCUUCGAGGUCAUCACAGCCAAGAUGGUGUAUUACGUGGGCGAGGACAGCGGCUUGCCAAACCUGGGUCUGACGGUGUCCGGCACGGGGCGGGACAUGGCCCAGAGCUGGGAGAAGGCGAUCCGCCAGGCACUGAUGCCCAUCACUCCCAAAGCCAGCACAGGCCCCGGGCCCGGCCCAGGAACAACCCACAAAGACGUGUCCAUCAACAUAUCUGUGGCCAACUCCCAGAUACAAGAAAACGUGGACAUCAGUUUGGUGUAUCAGAUCUUUGCUGACGAGGUUCUGGGUUCUGGACAGUUUGGGAUCGUCUAUGGAGGUAAACACAGAAAGAGCGGCAGAGACGUAGCGAUUAAGAUUAUUGACAAAAUGAGGUUUCCUACCAAACAGGAGAGUCAGCUGAGGAACGAGGUGGCCAUCCUGCAGAACCUCCAUCAUCCCGGCAUCGUCAACUUGGACUGUAUGUUCGAGACACCCCAACAGGUCUUUGUUGUCAUGGAGAAGCUCCAUGGUGACAUGCUGGAGAUGAUUUUAUCCAGCGACAAGAGCAGACUGCCUGAAUGCCUCACAAAGUUCCUGGUCACUCAGAUCCUGGUGGCACUGAGACAUCUUCAUUUCAAGAACAUCGUCCACUGUGACUUAAAGCCUGAAAACGUCCUCCUGGCCUCAGCCGAACCAUUCCCUCAGGUCAAGUUGUGCGAUUUUGGCUUUGCUCGUAUCAUUGGCGAGAAGUCAUUCCGUCGCUCUGUGGUGGGGACUCCAGCUUAUCUGGCGCCUGAGGUGUUUCGCAGCAAAGGGUACAACCGAUCUCUAGACAUGUGGUCCGUUGGGGUCAUAAUCUACGUCAGUCUGAGCGGGACGUUUCCCUUCAACGAGGACGAAGACAUCAACGACCAGAUCCGGAACGCUGCUUUUAUGUACCCACCCAAUCCCUGGAGGGAGAUCUCGGAGACGGCCGUAGACCUGAUUAAUAACCUGCUGCAGGUGAAGAUGAGGAAGCGCUACAGCGUGGAUAAAUCACUCAGCCACCCCUGGCUCCAGGACUAUCAGACGUGGCUGGACCUCAGGGAGUUCGAGACCCGGUGUGGCGAGCGCUACAUCACCCACGAGAGCGACGACACACGCUGGGAUGAGCAUGCCGACCAGAAAGGAUUGCACCACCCCAAACACUUCAUCAUGGCACCCAACCUGGAGGACAUGGACGAGGACCCCUAGUGGCUACCACUGGGAAUACGGUUUUUGAAAAUUCAACAUGAUGACCACAGUGUGACAUGUAGGUAAACAAGGACGCCACAGUCAGGCAAACAUACACGGUGACAUUGUGGUGAUACCGUUUCCUUUUACCCAUAAUUCAUCAUUCAGUCUCUGCACCACAGGAGGAGCUACAAACCCAAAACAGAUUUUUACCGUCGUCGUGAUGUUUGGAGCCAAGCAGAGCAGAAGAUGGACUCUUACAUACACACGUGAAAUUUGUCCUCUGGAAUGCAGACGGGAAGACGUUUCCCGAGGUCAGGUUUUUAAAUCGUUCCUCGAUGGAAUUCUUUUGCACUAUUUAAAGUAGAUUUCCUCCAAUGACCACGUCAGGUUUCUUACUUAUCAGAAGAAGAUGUCUCUGUUUGUAAACAUCAAUUUGUUGGAGAGGAACUGAGGGUUUGGUGACGUCUGCAUUUUGGCAGGAUGUUUUCUCAACAAAUCUCUGUUUAUUUCAGUUCAUCCAAAGAAGUCAAAUGUUCAAUCAAGAUGUCUUCGCAAAUUCUUCACAGGAAGUUCAGCUCGAGAACACCUGAUGACAAGGUGUCGUCUGGAACAUCGACUUUUAAGCCAAAAUUCAAUUCAUUUUAUUUGUAUAGCACAAAAUCACAACAACACUGCCUCAAGUCGCUUCACACAAAGCAGGUCCAACCUCACCAACCGCCUGAACAAAAACACAGGAGAUGGUGGUAAAGAAAAAACUCCCUCUGGUGAUAAUGAGGAAGAAACCUCAAGCAGACCAGACUCAGAGGGGUGACCCGCUGCUCAGGCCAUCAGUUACAAGGUUUUACAGAUUUUACAAGAAUUUCAAAGCAUCUCUGAUGGCAGUUAUUAAUCUUUCUGACAAAAAAGAUCAAAUGCUCCCAAAACAGAUUUAUCAGCUGUAAAAGUGGACAGUU